UAUCCGGCUCGAUCGGGGUAGGGCAGAAACGGCAGCAGCCGUCGUUAUUGUCCGGUGGGUUGGCGAACGUCAGUGUGUGAACCGAGGGAGCUGCGCCCCCGAGCCGUUGGCUCCAAUGGGCGCCAGCGAUCUAAACCGAAUAUGGCACCAUCAUCAGAUGGCUUUGGAUCAGAUGGCUUUUCGCCAAAUUCUGGUACAAACAGGCCGCGUCAGGCAAUGGCAACAGAUACAUCUCCAGACUCUAAAUGUCCCAUAUGCUUGGACGGAUUUGAAAAUGUGGCCUACUUGAACUGUUGUUACCACAGUUUCUGCUUCCGAUGUGUGCAGGAGUGGUCCAAAAACAAAGCAGAAUGCCCACUCUGCAAGCAGCCUUUUCACUCUAUCAUCCAUAGUAUGCGGUCUGAUGACGACUUUAAGGAAUAUAUUGUACGACCUUCAGAGGAUGGAUCUUUUGCUAGUCCAAAUGGGAGACGAUUCCUGGUGUUCAAAACAUACCAUGCUGGGACAUUUAUUUUCUUUCGGAUACUUAUCCCUUUUUGGCUUAGCCAGUACUAUGUCAAAUAUCACCUGUUGAUUCUUCUCACUACUGUACUGCUCUCAUGGGGAUACGUCAUUUAUGCAACACGACUGGCAGCCCAGUGGCAGCUGAAAGACGACUACCCCACACAAACCCACAAUUUUUGUGAGACACUAAAGCAAGGAGACCUCUAAAAACUAUGCAGAAGUUCAGACACUUUAAAAGUACUCCUACCCUCAUGGAUACUAAUACACUGAAACAGAAUCAGAGUCCAGAGAUUUAAGAAAACAUGCCAAGACUUUGCAAGCAGAAUAGAAGACCUUAUACAAAUGUGUGAUUUACUCACUCUGGUCAAGAGAAAUACUUCAAAUUUUAUACCAGCAAAGGACUAUGUAUAUAAAGAUUUCCAGUCGCAUAUGCUUCACUGAGGAUUAUGCUGGCACAGUUCGGAAGGAUCAGACACCAUCCAUCCUGAAAAAACCCACUAUGAACAACCUUCACCAAUUUUGUGCGUCUGUUUUGGUUGUUUAAGUGGCAACAUUGAAUGCUGUUGACUUGAACAGGUCACCCACUCAUUUCAUGUUUUAAAAUGACAUACUCUUUUGUAAUUUUAUUAUAAAAAUCACUAUUUGUAAACUGCCUUGAGUAUUUUUCUGAAAAGCAGGAUCAGUGUGUUUUAAAUAUUAAAACAAUGUUUAUAGAAGAUUAGCUGGAAAUUAUGGUCAUAUAACAUUUGGUGGUGGUGGAAGUGUGUCAAGUUGUAACCCAUUUAUGGCAACUCCCAUGGGGUUUUCAAGGCAAGAGACAGACAGAUGGUUUGCCAUCAGCGGCCUCUGCACAGCGACCCUGGAUUUUCUUCUCUCAUCCAGUACUAUCCAGGGGCCAACCCUGCACAACUUCUGAGAUCAAGCUAGCCGGCAUAUAACAUUUACUGGCACAAACACAGGAGUCAUUCAAUUUCUAGCAAUAACGUAGGAUUUGGGAUUGCAUAUUAAUAACUAGAUUAAAAACUGGUCAAUGUUGAAAUGAGCAACUACGAUAUAACUACUUCUGGGAUUUAUACUGUGAUCUACAGCCAAAGUUUCAUAUCUAAACCCCCCCAACCCUCAAGUCAAGCGACCUAAUGGGAUUUUGAAGUAUUUUCCCUCCUUACUGAGUAUCUUGU